AAAUUUAGCUAGUAAAUCAUCAAUAUUUCUAAGGACGUUCCCAAGGAGCGCAAUAAAAAACACAACUUGGUCAACUAACCAUCAAAAUACGGAAAAAAAAGGAAGAAAUAUCUAUGUAGAUGGUUCCGGUCAUGAAAUUUGGUUCACACAAAUUAUUCAUAUGCAUUUGCUUUUUAUGUUUAUGGGGUGUGUGGUCAAGCCUUUUCCAGUAGUUGAACAGUAAUACUCCAUUUUACAUAAGAAGGCCAAUUUCUCUCCAUCCGAAAAAUCAAACAUCAAGUAGCCGCCCUUCAAUUCAAUGGCUUUCGUUUUCCAAAUCAGGCAUAAGUUUCCAUUGAUGUAACUUGGGCUCUACUCAGUCUUGUUUUUGUAUAUAUAGGGAACUAAGAUUCUCCAAAAUAGCGAAAGCAUAGCAAUAUUCAGUUAAAGGAUCUCAACUACUUAUUUCUCUGAACUUGUGUUCUAUGGCUGAUCUAAUGGGACUUUCAUUGAAUUCUUUACUGUUUUCUUCUUCUCCCAAUUCUUCAUUGUUAACGACACCCUCGUCAUCUUUGAAUUCUAUCCAAACGGGUCUUACGCCCAAUCAAGGGUUGCAUAAAAGGUUUGAUUCUCCUCCAACUUCUGUCGAAUUUGUUUCCAGAAUUGCCUUCAGCCCUAACAAGCGAUUUCCCGCUGUUAAGGCACACACUGCAGUUACUCGAACUGAGGAACCAAAAUGGUGGGAGCGAAAUGCAGGGCCUAACAUGGUUGACAUUCAUUCGACACAAGAAUUCUUGGAUGCUCUAAGUCAGGCUGGAGAUAGACUUGUUAUUGUUGAAUUCUAUGGAACAUGGUGUGCUUCCUGCAAAGCACUAUUUCCCAGGUUCUGCAGAACCGUCCAGGAGCACCCCGAAAUCAUGUUUCUAAAAGUUAAUUUUGAUGCAAAUAAGUCAAUGUGCAAAGCUUUGAAUGUGAAAGUCCUCCCAUAUUUCCAUUUCUACCGUGGCGCUGAUGGACAACUAGAGUCCUUCUCUUGUUCACUGGCCAAAUUCCAGAAGAUAAAAGAUGCAAUCCAAUUACAUAACACAGACCGAUGCAGUAUUGGCCCGCCAAUAGGAGUAGGAGAUCUCACACUUGAACUCCUUUCUGGGACAACGGAUAUUCCUGCUGCAGCUUCUACGUAGAGUUGCACGUGUGUUUCAAUCUCUAUAUCAAUAGAUUGCAUCGAGCAACCACGAAAGCUAUUUAUGAUAGUUACUAUAUAUGAUCAUUUUCACUUUUUGGUUGCUACAUAGUGAACCACUGUAGUUAAUGAUGUAAUUAUAUGCUCCAUUCUUUGAGACCAUUGCUGUAUAAAUACUUGCAGCUUAUAUAGGGAUUGUUCAAUGGAAUUUUUGUCGUUAUGUGGAAAAA